AUGGCCUCAGGACUAGGGAUAUCCGACCUAAUCCUACACAGCGACUCCCAACUAGUCGUGAAUCAGGUCAACGGUGUAUAUAUGACGAAAGAAGAUAGGAUGGACAACUACCUACGAGUUGUAAAAAAAGAACUUGAAAGGUUUAAAACCACCCAAAUCAAACAAAUUCCCCGAUCUCAGAACAAUCACGUCGAUGCAUUGGCCCGCCCAGCCACCAGUGAGAGAAUCAAGGAGUUCAAUAGCAUUCCCAUAGGAAGAAUAUCCCUACCGUCCACCGAGCUAAAUAAAGUGGUCCUUAUGAUAAAAGACCCCAAACCAACUUGGCAAGACGAGAUCAUCUCUUACCUGAAAAUCGAAAAAUACCCCGAAAAUUCUGCAGAGGCUAGAAAGCUCCGAACAAAGUCGGCUAGAUGCGAUAAGUGCCAGCGCCUCGCCCCCAUCAUAAAUACUCCACCGUGCGAACUAAACCCAGUGACAGCACCCUGGCCCUUUGCAAAAUGGGGGGUUGACCUAAUUGAACCCAUGCCCGUUGGAAAAGGAGGUGUAAAAUUCGCCAUCGUCGUAGUGGAUUACUUCACUAAAUGGGCCGAGGCAGAGCCCCUUGCCACCAUCACCGAACAGAAAAUAACCAACUUUUUGUUGAAAUCAUUGAUCUGCAGGUUCGACAUACCUCACUCCAUUGUUACGGAUAAUGGAAAACAGUUCGACAACGCACGACUUUCGGAUUUCUGCGAAGAGCUUGGCAUCAAGAAACAUUUCUCAUCACCAAACCAUCCACAGGCAAACGGCCAAGUCGAAGCCAUUAACAAGAUUAUUAAGCACACAUUGAAAGCAAAACUCGACUUGUUUAAAGGAGGAUGGGCUGAGGAACUCCCCAGUGUGUUAUGGUCUUAUCGUACUACCGCAAGGACAAGCACAGGAGAAACCUCGUUUUCACUGGCUUUUGGCACAGAGGUCAUGAUCCCACUAGAAAUCAACAUUCCUUCACUGCACAUAACUGAUUACGACGAAGAAAGGAACCACAUAGCCCUUCACACGGAACUCGACCUAACCGAGGAAAAAAAGAACAACGCCGAACUCAAAAAUGCCAUUUACAAACAGUGA